AUGUUAAUCAAUACAGGCCUCUCAGAUUGGGCGCUUAUAGAUUAAAGUUUCACAAAAGGCUUUGUCUCUCAUAAUAAUUGGGAAAUAUCAAAAUACUGUUCGAUCUUUGACAAUUAAGCCACAUUUUAAUUUGGUAUAUGUACUUAAAAUUCUAUAAAUUAUGCUUAUCUUAAAAGAGAUAAAUAAAGAAUAGAUAAGAUCUAUUCAAAGAAAAAUUACUAAUCAGAAGUAAUAGUUGAUAUUUUUUUUGAUAAUGCUGAAAGUACAAUUGAUAAAAUCACUCAUUUUACAAUAAACUAUACGAUAAGCGAAUCUUCUCAACAAAUAAUGUAUUCUAGGAGUUACAUAAACUCUGAUUUAAUUUAAAAUGCAAGAAGAAUAUGCAAUAUUACAGACACAUAGUAUUUAGAUUUUCUUACUAUUGUUGGUACAUCUUAGGUGCAAUACCAAGAAAUUUUCAACAUCUCAGUAGGAAUCAACAACGUAAACCAGAUAUAAACUAUUGGGGUACGAAAUUUAUUUGUUUAUGUCAAAUACUGUUUACCAACUUGUAAAACGUGUUCAAGUGCGACUAGUUGUCUAACAUGUUAUUAUGGUACUCUAUAAUCAGGCAAUACUUGUACUUGUGACCCUUCUCAUUAGUUUGCUUAAACUGGAAUUGGAUGCAGAUAAGAAUGUGAAAGAGAUUACUUUAUAGCAAGAUCAGAUAAUAUUUGUGUUCCAGAUAGAAGAAUCAAAUCAAAUAUUUCAUAUUUUGAAUCUGCUACUUUUAGUGCUUAUACUCCUUUUUAAUUUAUUUAAGGUUACGUAAAUUUAAGAAGCUCUCCAUCAUUGAUUUUCACUUGUUCAUCUAAUAAUUAUGUAGGCAGUUUACUUUAUAAUGAAGGAAUGAGUUUGUAAUUUGCAAAUUCACUAUCCUUAAAAUUUAUCAGGCUAAGGAUAACAUUUUAUAUGAAGGGCUUUUAAACUGAUAAUAAAAUAUAAAUAAUCUUAGAUGACUAAAUAUAAGGUGAAAUAAUCAAAGCCUCAUCUAGUUACACUUUUAAUAAAAUAACAAAAAUUUAUAGUUCAAGUGUCACAUGCACAAAUACUUAUGAUUUAAUAAGAAUAGAAGCAAUUCUUAGAACUUUCUCUAAUGCUCCUAAACUCAUUAUUAAAGGAUAAUAGUUAACUUAAGUAACUUCGAUAUGGGGAUUCAGAAAUAUAACAAUUGAUAGUGGCAAUUGCUAAGAAAAUUGUGCAGUAUGUUCUGAUUUCUCUACAUGCCAAUAAUGUGACGCUAAUUAUGUUUUAUUUUAAAAUGGAUGUGUUACUACUUGCCCAGUUCAUUCUACUAAUUGCAUUGAUUAUGCAGAUAUGAUACCAAGUAAUUUGAAUAAUUUAUGUUUAGACUCUCGUUACUUAGCAAAAGGAUUUUAUAAUUUAAAUAUGAGUACUUCAUAUAUCAACUAAUUCUUUGAUGAAACUGUUCCAACUGGUAGUAAUUUCUUAACAGGAUAAAUUUUUUCAAUAUUCCCAACUAAAUUCGUUUUAGGAGGUGUAAUGGUAUGGAAUAAUGCAAUAUAUAAAAAAUCAUGGAGUAUAUCAAAACCUCAUUAUGCUGUUACAAUUAGAUUUAAUGUUACAUAUGGUGAUGAAUACAAUGGAAAUUUUUAUUACACCAUUUAAGGAGUAAAAUCAGUUGCUCAUCCAAAACCAUCAUCAGGUGGUUAAAACUUUAUUGGUAAGAGUUUAAAUGAAAUUACAUAAUAUUUUGAAAUUUUCUAGAAUCAAUUCACAUCGUCUCCAUUAAAUAUUGAGUUUCAAUGUACAGAUACAACUGUAGAUCCUAUAGAUUAAUUUUGUGCAAUUUCUGAUUACUUUAUUGUUGUACAUUAUGUAAAUUUCUGAUUUAUUAUUAGUGUCUCCCAUUUUGCCAAGAUUGUAAUGAUGGAACCUCUUGUGUUACUUGGGAAUCUGGAUACACAAAUUAAAAUUGCAAUACAAAUUAGUUUCUUUAAUUUGAUUCUAUUUUAGAAACUUAUAGUUGUAUUACAUGUAAUUAACCUGGAUGUUUAACUUGUAAAAAUUUAGAAGAAUGCACUUCCUGUGAUCCUUCAAGUUAAUAUAAUACAUUAAUAAAUGGAGUUUGUGUAUAAAUUAAUACAACUCCUCCUCCAACUCCAUCAGUAUAAUGCCAUUAAAAUUGUGAAACAUGCACAGGAGCUUUGAUAACUAAUUGUCAAACCUGCGUUUCUGAUUUUCAUAGAACUUUAUCCAACAAUGAAUGUUUAUGUUAGCCUGGCUUCUAUGACGACGGAAUCAAUGUAAUUUGUCUUCCUGCUUGUGGUGAUUUGGUAAUUGUUGAAGGAGAAGAUUGUGAUGAUGGCAAUAUUAUUCCAUAUGAUGGUUGUUUCGAAUGCAAAUUUCAAUGCUAAGAUGAAUGCAAUGAUUGUAGAUCUGGAAUAUGUUAUGGAUGUGCUGGAUAAGGUUGGCAUUUAAUAAAUCAUCAUUGUGAAAUAAUAUGUGGGGAUGGUAUUGUUGUUUAAGAUUUAGAAGAAUGCGAUGAUGGUAAUUAUAAUCCAUAUGACGGAUGUAAUAAUUGUAAAUUAAGUUGUGAAGAUACUUGCAAAGAAUGCUUUUAGGGAACUUGCUUUGAUUGCCAAAAAGGGUUCUAGAUUGUGGAUAAUUUAUGUGUUGCCAUUUGUGGCGAUAAUCUUUUAGUGAAAACAGAGGAAUGUGAAGAUAAUAACUAAAUUCCAAAUGAUGGAUGUUACAAUUGUAAAUUUUCAUGUCCAAAUAAUUGUAUUGAUUGCUAAUUUAAUAAUUGCAUAAAAUGUAAUGAGUAAAAUGGAUGGUAUCUUAAAAAUAAUACUUGUUAACCUAUUUGUGGGGAUGGUAUAAUUGCUAUUUAAUUCGAAUAAUGUGAUGAAAUUAAUCAAUAAGAGUCUAAGAAUCUGUUAGAUUAAGACUUUUGUUUAUAAUGUCUCUACAAAUGCUAAGACUCUUGCUCAACUUGUUACAAUGGAUAGUGUUAUUAGUGUAAUAUAGGAUGGAUUCUAAAUAAUAUAGAUAAAAAUUGUUAUCCGAUUGAAGGUGAUAGAUUAGUAGUAGGAUAAGAAUAAUGUGAUGAUGGCAACCAAAUUAAAAAUGAUGGAUGUUUUUUAUCGUAAUAUUAAUAUCAAAUAUCAUGUGAAUAAGGCUUUUAAGGAUUGUGUUAAAAAUGUAUAUCUGGAUUUUUUAUGAUUAAUAAUAUUUGUUAAGAAAACAAUUUCGAUGGAUUAGUGAUUGGAAUAGAAUAAUGCGAUGAUUAAAAUUUGAUUGGAUUAGAUGGUUGCUUUUAAAAUAGAUUUGAUUGCCCUUAAUUUUGUUUAAGUUGUGUUUUUGGAUACUGUUUAGAAUGUGAUUAGACUUCAGGAUAAGGAUAAGUUGAUUACAUCAAUAACAGAUGUUUAUCUAUCUGUGGAGAUGGUAUUAAAUCUAUGGAUGAAUAAUGCGAUGAUGGUAAUGAAAUACCUUAUGAUGGAUGUUAUGGGUGUUUGUAUGAAUGUUAAAAAGAAUGUAUUAAAUGUGUAGAUGGACUUUGUUAUGAAUGUUUAAGUCCUGAUUGGAUACUAAAAAAUAAUACUUGUGAAUGUGAAACAUGUUAAAAUUUAUGUUAAAAUGAAUGCUUAUCUUGUAUUAAAGGAGUAUGUUAUGAGUGUUAGUCUCCAGAAUGGAUCUUAGAUAGCAAUAAUAUAUGUGUUUAUGUAUGUGGGGAAUAAUGUAGCGAAAAUAUAUGCGGAGAUGGAAUAUUAAAUAUGUAAAUAGAAGAAUGCGAUGAUGGUAAUGAUUAAAUAAGAGAUGGUUGUUAUAACUGUUUAUUGGAAAAAGGAUUUUUAUGUUAUUACGAUGAGAAUAUGAUAUCUUAAGGUUGUAGUAGAUGUUAAGAUUUUAAUUGCCUUAAAUGUGAUUUAGUUAAUCAAUCAUAAAUUUGCUCAGAUUGUUUUCCAGGAUAUUUUAUUGAUGAAUUUAAGUAAUGUUCUUAAUGUGAUCUAAUGUGUGUUGAAUGCAGUCAGAAUUACAAAAACUGCACUACUGUAAAUCCUCAAUAUACAACAAAAUAGUAAAAUUAACAAAAAAAAUGUAAUUUAAAUUAAGGACUUUUAAAUGAUUUAGAUUUUUAUGAAUGUGUCUUAUAAUGUGGAAAUGGUGUUUUGGAUCCUCAUGAAUAAUGUGAUGAUGGUAAUAGAGAAAUUUAAGAUGGAUGUAAUGAGUUUUGUUAAUUAGAAGAAGGAUAUUUAUUUGAUCAUCUAACUCAUUCUUUAUAAAAAGAGCCCUAUAUUCAAGUUGAGAAAAAAUAAUCCGUCAUUGAAAACAAUAACUAAUUAGAUUUAAACUUUACCUAUAAAAAAACAAUAGAACCAAUCAAUUUAAUCCAUAUAUCUAUCUCUUAUAAAGAAUAUUAUAAAAAAAGAUAAUUAGAAGAAACUAUUAAUAAGGAAAUAAUAAUUGUUCCUUAGAGAUAAGUAUAUGUAACUGAGGAAUAAAAAAAUUAAGGUGAAGCUAUGGCUUAAACUUAUUAAACUGUGUUUUAAGCUUAAAUAUAUUUGGCUCCUUUGGCAAUAGCAUUUGGAGGAUUUUAAUUUUUUUUGGCCAUCCUUGACAUUAUGAGUUGGAUGAAUAACUUUUAUUUUUUAAAUGUUAAUUAUCCAGAAAAUGUAAGGAUUAUAUUUUAGUAAGCUGAAUGGAGCAAUAUAAUAAAUAUACCAUCUUUAAAUAUAUUUAAUAAACCAACAGAUGAUUAUUACUUCUAAGCCCCAAUCAAGUUUGUUGAAAAAGAAAUAGAUCCUUUAUUAUUUAACAAUAUAUAAACACCAAUAAUUUUUGCAUUUUAAGUUGUAAUUACAUACUUUCUUAGUGUGAUGAUUAUUAAGAUAUUUGAAUUAAUAUUCAAGAAGAAAAGUCAAAAAAUUAAGAUUUAAGCAAGCAUCUUUUAAUUAGGCAAGGAUGUAAAGCAUGAAGAAUCAACAAAUACUUAAUAAUUAGCUAUAAUUCCAAACCUUUAUAAAGAUUUAUAAAUACCUAAAUCUUUUUAAUCAUUCUAUAAAAAUUGUGUUUCAAUAAAGAGUAAUUUAAUUGCUAAUUUAAUAAGAUCGUUUGCUAUAAGUUAUUUAGAUAUAACUUUAGCUGUGAUACUUUAAAUUACUAAUUAGUAAACCGCUCAUAAACUAAUAGUAAAAAUUAAUAUUAUUGCUGCUUAUGGAUUUCUUAUAUUAGUCUUAUAUUUACUAAAUAUCUCUUACUAAAUUUCAAAUGCCCAUCAUAUCAAAUUAAAUAAUAUAUUGUUUUUUUAAAGAUAUGGUUGUUUCUACGAAGAAAUGAAAACUGAAUCAUAAACUGCGAUGGCAUAUUCUUUUUUAAAUUUAAUAAGGAAAUUCAUUUUUAUUUUUUCAACUGUUAUUUUAUAUUCUUAUCCUAUCUUUUAAACAUUACUAUGCUUUUUAUCAUGUCUAUUAAAUAUCUUGUUAUUAUUAUCAAGUAAUCCAUUUAAAAAUAAGAAAUAAUAUAUCUUAAACUUAGUCCCUGAUUUUUGUAUAAUAGUAAUUUUGGGUUCUGCAAAUAUUUUUGCAUUUUAAGACAGAUUCAAAAUAUUAAAGGAUGAAUCUAUUUAUCAAAUUGGAUGGGUUGUGGGAAUAAGUAUUUAUUUGUCAAUUGGAUUGUAACUUUUCUUUUUAAUAUAUGAAAUAAUGCUUUCAUUUUGGUAGAAAUUAGAGUCAUUAAUUGCAUAUCUCAAAAAUAAAUGCACAUAAAAAUGA